ACCUUCACCUGUUACCAUCAUCCCAAAGUCCAAACUAGCUAGCUACUGUAUAAUUUUAUAUUUGUAUCUAAAAUACUAGCUACUAUCCCACGGUUUUAUCUUAAAUUGUGCUAUUUGCUCAUUAAUAUUCCUUAGGUCAACUGUUCACUCGUCAUUUUAUUCAUACUUUUUGAUCAGGCCCCCAACAUGCUCAUCACCUUUUCAGCAAAACCAGACUCUUUUUCCUACUUUCUUAGCACCUUCCCAACUCAUGUUCCCUCAUAUAUAUAGAGAGAGACAUAAUUCAAUUGUCAAACUCACGAUCAUAGCAAAACACAAGACAAAACAACUCUGAUCUUACAAUAUUAUAUUAUUCUUAUCAAUGGGACCUUCUAAGCCUAUGAUCACCAUAUUUCUCUUAAUAUUCUCACUCUUUGUUCUUGUUCCUAUUCCUUCUUUAGCCAAUUCAAGAAUUCUUGCUCUAGUUAAAGAAAAACCUCUUGUCCUAAAAUACCAUAAAGGGGCUCUCUUAAAGGGAAACGUCACAGUUAAUCUUAUAUGGUAUGGAAAAUUCACCCCUAUACAACGUUCGAUCAUCGUCGAUUUCAUCCAAUCUCUUAGCCCUAAGACCAAAAAAAUUACAACACCGCCCUCCGUCGCUUCAUGGUGGCGCACCACCGAGGCAUACAAAGGUGGCGCUUCUGUAAUUUCCUUAGGCAAACAAAUAUUCGACGAAAAAUACUCCCUUGGAAAAUAUUUAAAAGACCCUCAACUCGAAUCUUUGGCUUCUAAGGCUACACAAACCAAUUCCAUCGCAGUCAUAUUGACUGCGAAGGAUGUGGGAGUCGAGGACUUCUGCAUGAACCGAUGUGGCAUGCACGGGUCCACCCACGCGAAAAAAGGAGGUAAAUUCGCAUACGCGUGGGUGGGUAACUCGGCCACUCAGUGUCCGGGUCAAUGCGCGUGGCCAUUCCAAAAACCAAUUGUGGGACCACAAAUUCCACCGUUAGUUUCACCAAACGGAGACGUUGGAAUUGACGGAAUUAUUAUUAACUUGGCUAGUGUUUUAGCGGGUACCGUUACUAACCCGUUUGAUGGCGGCUAUUUUCAGGGUCCGGCUAACGCACCUUUAGAAGCUGUAUCUGCAUGUACUGGGAUGUUCGGGUCGGGUGCUUUUCCCGGGUAUCCGGGUCAGGUUUUGCUGGAUAAAAAAACGGGUGCUAGCUAUAAUGCGCCGGGUGUGAAUGGGCGUAAGUAUUUGCUUCCUGCUAUGUGGGAUCCGAACACGUCAAAGUGCAAGACACUUGUGUGAAAUUAUUUACUGAUUGCCAUAAAAGAAAAAGAAAAGACAAAUAUUGUAAUAUUAUUUUGUAAUUUCAAUAUUGAUUUGUUCAUUUGAUUUGGAAA